UUGGACGUGGGUGUGGGCGGGUGUAUGCUGAUCUUUGGUCAGUUCCUCAAGCUGUGGUUCUUUUUGGACCAUGCGAGACCUCUAGUUGGGUGGUCAGUUGGUGGGUCUGGUUGAAUUUGUGUGGUUCUGGUGAGUCUGAGUUGAUCAGCGCGUUACCUUUUGGUGUUCUCGAUGCUAUUUGAGAGGGAAACAGAGGAAAACAACUUAUACUUGGUGAAUUAGGAGCCACGUAGCUCUUCAAUUUUUGCCCACUCAUUUAGAUGAACGACUCAAUUCUCUAUGUCUGCUUUUUUCAUUGGUUUCCGUCUCGAGAGAUGCACUUUCUCUAUUAGAAGUAGAAAUGGUGAGGAAUCUCAUUCACCACUUGCCUUUUAGUUGUCUCUUUCUACCAUCUCACUUCCCAUCCAAUCUUACAUGCUCUCCUUCUUCCCCUAUCACUUACAGGAGGAAAAAUUAAAAAAAAAAACCCUCUUGAUACCUCUAUUUUCUCACCCCCUGAUUCAAAUCAGCAAACUCAGAGGAUUCCCAGACGACAGAGAUAUGGGUAUUGGCCGUUUUCACGACUUCCAGAAGGCUUAUGAGUUGACAAUGUUGAGGAUGUGGGAGAACUGGACAACGUCAAGCAACUCAGUGAGCAACACGUCUUUUAGAACUCCUCUUAGUGAUGAAAACCUGUUGUUCGGAAGCACCCUCUUGCUAUUGCCAAAUUUAGAUCUUCUAAUCUCCGUGUUCCAACAACAGCCACUGUGUCAGCAAACCAGCAAAUAUUGGUAGAGAAGGUUAAAUAACUUCCUCUAUAGAUGUUUUGUAUAUAAUAUUUGACUCGAUUGCUUCCCCUAAUCACUAGUUUUCUUGAUUCUGCCGUUUUUUAGGCUUAAGUUGCAGUUGGAACAACAACGAUGAUAGUGGCAAAGAGAUUCAGGUAGGGAGAGAUGGGGAAACCCCAGAGCUAUGCGGCUUGGAAUUCCGUCGGUCUAUUACUCUUUUCCAUUUAUUCUGACUCGGAUCUGCGGAUUCAGAUCUAUCGGACUGAUCGAGGGCCGCACGAUCAUCAUUGAGACGUCGUCUCUGACAGAGACGUCGAUGGAGGUUAUUCUCUCUCCUCGAUGGUUCUAUUUAUCUAUUUCCUUUCUCUGCCCCCUAUUAUCUAAACCAGUUUUCUCUUCUUUGAUCCAUGGCUUUUGUUUGAUGCCUUUGAGGACGAUCAUGGAUUUUGUAGUGGACUAUCACCAUGAACUUCGUAGCGAUGUAACUGGUUUCAGGUAAUUUUUCUCUAUGUUGACUAGAUGAGUAGCCAGCCAUCUUCCUGUGCUUUCCCCGCACCAGUGCGUUGUGGAAGAUUCAGGUACCUCAAACAACAGCCAUUGUCUAGAUGAGCUUUGACCAUGGUAAGCUACAUCUUCCUCAUUUUAUUUCAUUUCAUUUUCUUUUCUUCCUUCUAUUUCAUUCCAUGACAAGCGCUGUUAUUGACAAUUAUAUGUCCAAUGUUUUUUUUUUUUUGUACUUUUUGACAAUAACGUCUCCCAAAUAAUUGUGGAUGGAUGCCAACAUUUCAUUUUCUUCUUAGUUCUCAUUCUAUUGCGUCCACACAUCUUAUAAUGCUUAUAUGAUGUCAUGCCUUUUGAGGAUAUGAGUUUGCCUUGGCUUUUGGAAGAGUUCCUCCAAUUAAGUAACUGUGUUUUG